CGCGGCCAGAUUGUCAGCCAUAUUUUGUGGGAAAACAUUCAUACAACACACUGCUCAGCAAACCUUUAAUUAUUUUGGGGUUAAAGCUACAUUAUACUUGAAAUAUUUAUUAGCCUCUUUUAGUUACCUAUAUGAGUUGAAAAAGAAACAAAAUGUGGAAGAUACGCGAGUUUCAAGAUAAAGUAACCAAUGUGGUUAUGAAUUACACAGAAGUUGAAUCUAAAGUUCGCGAAGCAACAAAUGAUGAUCAAUGGGGACCACAUGGAACAGUUAUGGCUGAAAUUGCAAAGUACACCUAUACUUAUGAACACUUUCCUGAAGUUAUGGGUAUGAUUUGGAAAAGAAUGCUUCAUGAAAAAAAGAACUGGAGAAGAGUAUAUAAGUGCCUUCUGUUAUUGACUUAUCUAAUACGAAAUGGUUCUGAACGUGUAGUUUCUAGCGCCAGGGAUCACAUCUAUGAUAUGCGUCAACUUGAAAGUUACCAGCAUGUAGAUGAACUUGGGAAAGAUCAAGGACUAAACAUUCGUCAUAAAGUAAAAGAGGUACUCGACAUUAUUCAAGAUGAUCAGAGAUUGCGAGAUGAACGAAAACGAUCGAAGCAGAACAAAGAUAAAUAUGUAGGAAUGUCCUCUGAUGUUAUUGAAGAUUCAUUUUAUAGUAAGUAUGGUGAUAGAUACAAUCGCGAUGCUAGAAGAUCUCCAAGUUAUAGCGGUGGUUAUACUGGCAACAAUUUCCAACAAAAAUCUAAAAUUCAACAAAUAAAGGAUACAAUUGAUACUAUACGUCCUGGCAAAAGAGAUUAUAGUGAAUACAACUUACCAGCAUCGAGGGGAAAUGCGUACAAAGAUGAACCUGAGGAUGGACAAGAAGUUGUAGAGGAUUAUCAGGACUCUGAUGACGAAGGUUCAUAUAAAUACAAAUCUUCUGAACAGACAUACUCAGAUUCGCCUCAAAUAACAACCGAAACGAAAAAAUCACCAGCUCGUAAAAUAGACCUAGGCGCUGCAGCUAAUUUUGCAAAUUCAAGUCAAAACAAUGCAGAGAUUGUAUCUACAUCUAACGACAAUAGCGAUUUUGCUGAAUUUCAUACUGCAUUUUCGAACGCUCCUCCUGCGCAGCCGUCAACUAUGGAUGAAUUGGCAGAUGUUCUUACUUCGCCUUUACCACAACCUGCUAUUGUUCCUAUAUCUUCAAAUCCAUCUAGCAGUGCUCAAAUAGAUUUAUUUGGUGACUUUUCCACACCAGCACCAGCAGCACAGACUCAACCGACGACCAAUCAAAACUUUGCACAGUUUGAAUCGUUCGAUUCCCUCAAUAAGCCUGCUUCAAACUCGAAUGAUUUGUUGUUUGGUGAUCUAAAUUCCUCAAAUAUGAUGUCUUCAGUGCAACAACCUACAAAUGUAAUGCAACCAAAUUUAAUGAGUCAACCAAAUUUAAUGAGUCAACCCAAUUUAAUGCAACAAUCGAAUACUCUGCCUCAAAACAAUGCUAUAAUGAUGUCACAACCACAAAAUACAAACUUGAUGCAAUCAAAUAUAUCUUCGUCACAACCAAUGAAUGCGUCUUCUGACAAAAACAAAGCAACAUUAUGGAGCAACACCGGCGUUAAUAUCAGCUUAGACAGUCUGAGUCCAGGUGCUAACAGAAAUAAACCAGCAAUGCCUAGUAUGAAUCAAAUGUCUGGACAAAGUUUUGUUAGUCCUGCAAUGCAACAACCCAUGAUGAUGGGGCAAGCAUACAAUACAAUGCAACAACAGCCACAAUAUGGUAUGCCACAGCAACAAAACAUGAUGAUGAUGAACACGGGUAUGGCUAAUAUGAACUUAGGUAUGUCACCACAAAUGAGAAUGCAAAUGCAACCAAAUAUGGGUAUGCAAUCAAACAUGGCCAUGCGACCUAAUAUGGGUUUACAACAGCCAAUGAAUAGGCAGAUGGGUAUGGGAAACAACAUAAUGGGCAUGCAACAAAUGGGUAUGACGUCACAAACACAGAUGAAUCAAAAUUUCGCUCAGUUUAAAGCUAGCUGAAAGCUGUCCUGAUUUUAGCUCUUUUAAUGAAUACCGAGUAUUUUUUCUGUUUGUUUGUUUAAAGGUUUUCGUAUUUUUUGUGCUGUUUUUUGUAAGUUAUUUGACUGCCUUGAUAACAUUUGAUUUGGUUGCCAACAUUUAGAACUUGUGUUUUGGCACUUGUGAAAUCUUUCAUUCUGCACAGGACAUGCAUCGCUGACAUUAUGAGGACACAAACGAUAUUGUACAGAACCAUUUAUAAAUUUAUUUACUUUUUUUGUCUAAAUAAUUAAAUUUUCUAGCAAUUGUUAAAAUUUUGACAGGUUUAUGUACAUACGAUCAGCUGCUAAUCCGUAUGUAACAUUUUUAUUUGUGGUCAACCUUUUUGCGCGAAAAACCUUCCUAUGUUCGUGUAAGAAAUUAAUAUUGUCGACCUUACUGAGUAUAUUCGUCUUAGAAGUCAGAUGAGAAUCUGACAUCGUUUAUUUUUAUUAUUUUUAUUAAUACUAUUAUUACUAUUGUUAUUUUCUCUAUUUUUAUAAAUCUAAACUACCUAAAACGCAGUAUCAUUCACUUUAUUUUUAUGAAAAGUUUUCUUGCCAUAUGUAAUUCUAAAGUCCUCCCUGUGUGUAUGUUAUUUUUUUGUAUCUAUUUUUCUUUCGUAACCAGUUUACUAUACCAUCUAUGAUUCAAAUUUGACUUUUAAAUGUUUUCGUCAUUUGUAUAUUUUGAAAGUUGUAACAAAUAAACAAAUAAAAUGUU